UAUUGGUUCCCUUUAUAUUCCACAUUUUCUGUCCAUAUUUUCAGGGCUUGCUAUUUAGUUUUUUUGUCUCUCUCAUCAACAGAAGUUGGUCCAUUAAAAGAUAUGACCUCAUCUACCUUGUCUUUGCUAGGAGUUUACUUGGAGUUAGGUGUUUCAGCAUAUGUAGAAGUAUGGUCAUCCAACAGAACAGAGAACUAUUCAAAAACAUUUGCACAACAACUUCUGGAUAUGGGAGCAAAAGUUUCAAAAACUUUUAACAAGCAAGUGACUCAUGUAGUCUUCAAAGAAGGACAUUUGGCUACAUGGAGAAAGGCACAGAAGACUGGAGUAAAACUAGUUUCUGUACUCUGGGUGGAAAAAUGCAGAGAAGCUGGUACCCAUGUCGAUGAAUCAUUAUUUCCUGCAAUAUACACUAAUGAAGGGUUACCCCUUCUAAUUAAAAAACACAAAUGCAUGCAGCCCAAAGACUUUGUUGAAAAAACACCAGAAAAUGAUAAAAGACUACAAAAAAAAUUGGACCUGAUGGCUAAAGAACUAGAUAUACAAAAAACAGCAACCGAAACCGAUAUACCUGUUUUAUUAUUUGAGGAUGAUGGUUCACUUGCAUAUAGCCCUACAAAUAAGAUAAAAGAUCAGUGCAGUGCAAUGGAAAAGAGAAUAAAGGACAUGAAGGAGAAAAGGGAAAAUCUUUCCCCUACUGCUUCACAAAUGUCUCAGAUAUCUACAAUUAAUUCAACACAGCCUGGAUAUGGAGAGCCUCUUGGUGUCACCAGUUCUGCGAGUGCAUUGCUGCCAGAAGAGCACAUCAGUGAAUCUUUAAACUCGAGUUUUGAUGACAUUUGGGGAAACUGUAAAUACAAAAAUCAGAAACCAGCAUCAGCUGAAAGUGAUAUUUAUGUUUCAACACCUGCAUCAGAAUAUUCUCUGUUUUCCAGCAGUGACCAAGUGAACUUAACUCCAAAAUCAUCUAACAGAAAACAUUUAAACAAAAAAAUAAUUUUGCAAUGCCCUCUAGAAGGUGAACUAUUUGCUAAAAAGAGAAAAUCUGAAGUCUCCCCUAACCUAAAUCAAAGUGGUGAAGAUACUCUGACUUCUGAGUCGGUUUCAACCAAAAGUUCUUUUCUCCAAGAAAAAGGCUUGAGUCACAUCACUCUUUCCCAAAAAAUGGACCAGUUGGAAGCUGCUGCAGUUACCACAGGUAAUCAGCCUGAUUCAUUAGUGAGCAGUGAAGAUUCUAUUAAUAUGCAUUUGGUUGACAUAAAUAUUCCUGUUGACACAAGGGAUUGUAGUGUCAGAUACAAAAUAAGGGGGAAACCAAAAAGAGAAAAAUAUAAUAUGAAAUUGACCACCUCAUCAUGUAAGGUAGGAUCUGAAAAUGAGUUUCUUCUAGCAAUGACCACUCGUAACAAGUCAUCAGACAUAGAGGAAGCUUCAUAUGACGACUUUUUUUCACCUUCUAAUUUGAAGAAAAGUGAAAUGCAAGUAAGACACUUUCCUUUGCAAGUUCAGCAGAAAUCGCCAAGUGCUCGUGAAGUGAGUUGCAAAAGAGACUUUUUAAGCCAUAAACAAGAUAGAUUAUUUGAAGGGUCAGAUAAACAGUGCACUGCUCUUAUCAAAAAAAGGAAAAGAACUGUUAAGACAAGUGGUGUUUCAACAGAGAGUGACUGCAAGCUACCUGAAUGUUCAGAAAGUACAAUAAGUGUGACCUUAAACUGCAUGUCAGGUGGAGUAAACACUGAGACUGCAGAAGCCCUGGGUUCUAGCCCUCUGAAUAAACUGCAUCAAAAUAUUCAGAAAAUAUCCUGCAGAACUAGCGUGAAUAGCUGCCCUCAAGCUACUGGUAAGUUGGUCCAUUCAAGUGAAAAUUCAAAGAUGCAGCAUCAUGAUUCAUUAAAAAUGCUUGUGCAACUAAAUUCUAAAAUGGACUGCCAUGUUGAAGGAAAACCAUAUCUUUCAAAAACUAGACUACCAGAAGAGAAUACUGUAUUGAUGGCACCAGAUUCUUUAAAAAGUGACAAAAUGGGUGCAGUGAAGCCAAAAGAACACCCACUUACUUUUCCAGACUCUACAAAUACAGAAAAAUCAACAGGAGAAAAGAAGGAAAUCCUGCUAAAAAAAUGCAGUCCAAGUAUUGAAAAUGAAAUUUCAGUAUGUGAGGCUAGCAAUGGCUCUUGUGAAGUUUUUAAUGAAAACAAGAAUAAGCCCAGUGGGGAAUCAAAGAAAACUGGGAGAAUCAAAAAGCCAACAAGAACAUUAGUCAUGACAAGCAUGUCCUCUGAGAAGCAGUGUGCAAUAAUUCAGGUGGUGAAUAAACUAGGAGGCUUUUUGUUUUCGGAUGAUGUAUGUGAAACGACUACUCACGUGGUUACAGGGAGUCCUCGUCGCACCUUGAAUGUAAUGCUGGGAAUUGCCCGGGGCUGCUGGAUUGUGUGUUAUGAAUGGGUACUGUGGUCUUUGGAAUGUGGACAUUGGAUUUCAGAGGAACCAUAUGAACUGUCAGCCAAUUUCCCUGCAGCUCCUCAAACAUUCAUCUGCCCACCACCGAGCAGUAAGAAUAUGUCUUUUUCCCCAUCUGCAGUACACAAGAUCUGCAGACUUCAACGCCACCUGUCAUCAGGAAAAUAUCAGCAGGACCUCUUUUCAAGUCAGCCUGUAAUGUUUAUAUCUCUUGCCAGUCAACCGCCAUGUGACAAGCUAAGUGAACUUGUACAGUUGUGUGGAGGAAAAAUAUGUAAAACCCUGCGUCAGGCCAAAAUCUAUAUUGGAGAAUAUUUGGGAAAGAAGCAACCUGAAAUAAAAUAUUUAUCAGAAAAAUGGAUACUAGAUUCAGUCACUCAGCAUAGGAUAUGUCCUCUGGAAAACUACAUGUUCCAGCAAUGAGUGAACUCAAAACCCUCCUUAUGGUUGUGAGGAAAUUAGUAAAGGUGUCCAGUUUUCAAUUAAAUAAGAAGCUGAACCAACAGUGAAUACAAGAUUUUACAAAGAGACAGUAAUGGAUUUUUAAAUACAGCCAAAAGUUUGGUAUAGUGUGGUGAGUCUCAUCUAAAUGUCUGUCUAAUGAAAUCCUUUGAUUAGUCUUUUGUAAUAAGGUAU